AUGGUCACAACAGAUAAUGAUAACGAUGAUAAUAAUGUCAAUAAUCUAGUUGAUAACGAUGAUAAUAAUGUCAACAAUCUAGUUGGUAAGGAUGAUAAUAAUGCCAAUAAUCUAGUUGAUAACGAUGAUAAUAAUGCCAAUAAUCUAGUUGAUAACGAUGAUAAUAAUGCCAAUAAUCUAGUUGAUAACGAUGAUAAUAAUGCCAAUAAUCUAGUUGAUAACGAUGAUAAUAAUGUCAACAAUCUAGUUGGUAAGGAUGAUAAUAAUGCCAAUAAUCUAGUUGAUAACGAUGAUAAUAAUGCCAAUAAUCUAGUUGAUAACGAUGAUAAUAAUGCCAAUAAUCUAAAUAGUAGUAGUAAUGCUAGUACAAGUAGCAAAAGUAAUGCAAGUAGUAAUGCUAGUACAAGUAGCAAAAGUAAUGCAAGUAGUAAUGCUAGUACAAGUAGCAAAAGUAAUGCAAGUAGUAAUGCUAGUACAAGUAGCAAAAGUAAUGCAAGUAGUAAUGCUAGUACAAGUAGCAAAAGUAAUGCAAGUAGUAAUGCUAGUACAAGUAGCAAAAGUAAUGCAAGUAGUAAUGCUAGUACAAGUAGCAAAAGUAAUGCAAGUAGUAAUGCUAGUACAAGUAGCAAAAGUAAUGCAAGUAGUAAUGCUAGUACAAGUAGCAAAAGUAAUGCAAGUAGUAAUGCUAGUACAAGUAGCAAAAGUAAUGCAAGUAGUAAUGCUAGUACAAGUAGCAAAAGUAAUGCAAGUAGUAAUGCUAGUACAAGUAGCAAAAGUAAUGCAAGUAGUAAUGCUAGUACAAGUAGCAAAAGUAAUGCAAGUAGUAAUGCUAGUACAAGUAGCAAAAGUAAUGCAAGUAGUAAUGCUAGUACAAGUAGCAAAAGUAAUGCAAGUAGUAAUGCUAGUACAAGUAGCAAAAGUAAUGCAAGUAGUAAUGCUAGUACAAGUAGCAAAAGUAAUGCAAGUAGUAAUGCUAGUACAAGUAGCAAAAGUAAUGCAAGUAGUAAUGCUAGUACAAGUAGCAAAAGUAAUGCAAGUAGUAAUGCUAGUACAAGUAGCAAAAGUAAUGCAAGUAGUAAUGCUAGUACAAGUAGCAAAAGUAAUGCAAGUAGUAAUGCUAGUACAAGUAGCAAAAGUAAUGCAAGUAGUAAUGCUAGUACAAGUAGCAAAAGUAAUGCAAGUAGUAAUGCUAGUACAAGUAGCAAAAGUAAUGCAAGUAGUAAUGCUAGUACAAGUAGCAAAAGUAAUACUAACAGUUAUAGUAAUAGCAAUGACAUACUUAUAAAACUAGUAGUAGAAGCAGUGAUGUGUGCAUUGAUAAUAUUAGCACAAACUCUUUGA